AAAGUCGACUGCCUGGUCAGUUGUUCGCAAAGCCACGUGAAGAGAAGGACGUACAUUUUGCUGUUGGUGUUUCGAAUUGCAGUACCUCAACCACAACAAAGUUAUUUUCGGAGCCAGUGCUGGAUUCGUGAUUCUUUCCGCCAUUGUUGACUUGAUUGACAUGGAUUAUUAAAACGAAUCAAAAGUGUGACCAAUAUUCUGCAUGGCUGGUGUGUGAGAUCGUCCAUCACACUUUUCGUCAACGUCAUUGUGCGUCUGUGUGUGGUUGACGAAGUCUGCUAGAAUACAGGACCGGUUCAAACUUCUCACAAAAGGUUCUCAUUGGCGAACGACAUAACGAAAAACGCAGCCUCUGAAAAAGCAAGUGGGAAGGAAAAUGAGCGUGAUUUCUUCCCGCGACCCGGGAAUGAUGACGACUGCAAUGUCGACAACGUCGAGGACGUCAGCGACGUUGACCCGACCGGGUUCAAGAUCAUCCGACUCACGACCCAUCUUCCUGCUCGAACGAUGUUUAGCUAUCCGUUUCGAGCGGCUGGUUCAGUCAACGGCCGCGACGGCAGCGCCAUCCAGCAAGAAAUCCGAAUCUCGACCCGGUUCGAGCCUCAGCCAAUUGUCCAAUUGGUUCAAUUUCCAUCAGCAACGGCAACCGAACGCCAACAGCACGACGAUCGCCCCAGCAGCGCCGGAGUCGUGCGCCUCGUCCGACCGCACCAUUCGCCAGCAACAGACCAAGGAGCCGGCCCUCGUCAAAGAUUCUUCGGCUCCAGCCGGUUGGGUUUACGAUGGCGGAUUCGUUCUUUAUCAGAAUUUCCAAGAAGCCAACGGCUAUUGCUACUGGAACGGUGCUUUGCUGGAAGCGGUGACGUCGCUGAAAUUCGUCGGACACGUCACGCCGUCGACGAUCCUCGUGACGGGCGAAGAAUCCUCUUUGGAAACGGUCAGAUCGGCCUGGGCUCGUAAAGUUCUUAGAGCUCCGUCCGCCUACAUUAUCGUCCUUGUCGGCGAUGUCGACGGAUGUGCGGUACAGCCCAUCAGCCAAAGCCAGUUCACUCCGCUGCCCGAAGCGCUUUGCUGGGUCAUUUGGGAGUUGAAUCUGGCCGAACGAUCGACCGCGCUCGACGACGUGACCGCAGCACUCGGUAAUGCCUUCCCGGAUUUGGUACCGCCCAGCAACAAAGUUGUCUACGACACGCUCGGCAAACUCAUCCGAGACCGAAAGAUCUUUUACAACGGAAAGGGCUACGGUGUGGUCACGCCGGACACUUACCGCAAGACUUCCGUCGUCGAGAAUGGCGAGAAGGGCCUGUUGCUCAGCAACGAAGAGGCUCUCACCCGGGCCCACGGCGCCGUUGAGAGCUACCCGCAGGGCAACGUCGUCCACAAGGCCAUUCAGACCAACCUUGUCGACGUCAUCUGUCGAGGUAAUGGCGCUGAUAAGAUCCUGUACGGCAGGACGAGCGACGAAUUGCUAGCGCCGGCCAACAAGCCGCGCUUGCAGCGCCAGAGGUCGUUAAAAAUGUUCCACGGUGUCGGAACUUCCAAGCGACUGUCGUGGUCUGAAUACCGGCUAAGCGGCAUCACCAGCGGCGGAUCGCUCAAAUUGUCGCAGUCCAAAGCCAAGAAGUUGCUGGAAGAGUGCGCUCACGUCAGCGACUGGGACGAAGCCACCACGGUGUUGAGCAACGAUGAGACCAACGCCCCGAUUAAAACACAUAAAGAAAAGACGUCGCUUUUGAGCCGACUUUUCCGCAGGAGAAGUCCGUCCAAGAAGCGAACGACUGUGAGCACCUUUAACGCUCAAUUCCCUCCGCCGGAAUGGCUGGACACGGGCAACGGUAAAAUGCUUCACUCGCAUUCGGUGGCCGUGCAAACGCAAGCGGCAGACAUCGCCGCCUCAGCCGAAGAGACCGUCGAGACACAAAAGUAUGCAGCGCUGAACAGCAGCGCCAGGUCUGAAUGUUCGACGUCGCUUUCGUUCUCGUCGCCGACGCCGACGCGUCGGUCGAUGCAGAGACGAGUCACAUUGUCUCAACCGCCAUCGGUCCGUUCGGAAUCGUGCAGUCCCUUCCGCCACCAUCACCACCAGCAAUACCCGACCAUCCACGCCAAAGUCAGUUCAGACGAAACGGGUAGAGUGAACGGCCCUCGCGGCUCGCCGGCAACGUCCAUCUCCUCCGGACUGGGACGCUCUUUCUCACCAGCCUCGGCUCAUUCUUACCAACGGCCUUUGGGCUCCAUUUUACGUAAUCAAAGUCCGCCAUCGCCGACGCAGAGCACCGAUUCGCUUUAUUCAUCGUCGGUCGGUCCCAGCGCUAGCGCCACUUGUCGUUCGCCGGUGCCCAGUUUGGCGUCGAAAACGACAACGUUCAGCCACGACAGGCCGUUUGAACGGUUGAUUCCCGCCAGAGCUUCGUACGGAGGAACCAUGGGGAGACCUAGAGCUCCGCCCACCAACUCGGAACAACAGCCCAGGAUGACCGACUAUCAGCCGUUCCAGCGAUUGUCGGCUCGCAGUGUUUCACUCAGGCAACCCAACAGGGUAUCACCGAUGAGCAGCCCUACGCUCUUGGGUUCCAGCGUUCCUCGACCCUACGUCCCAGGUCGAAUCGGAUUGGCCGAACAGAAGAGCUUGAUUCUCCAACAGAAGGCCACGAUUCGCGAUCAGUUUUUCCAGACCCCGUUGACGGCCCCGCCGUUGAUAUCGUCCAUGAUGAGCGGCAAUAAUAUCAAAUCGAAACUGUCGCUGCCCAGGACGGACGAGCUGAGCAACAACAGCAGCUACAACACGGAGAAAGCCUCACCGGCCCAGUCGACCGUCAGCAGUGCCAGCAAGAAAUACUACGAAACCGAUUUGGAUUUGACGAUCAAAGUGCCUAAGAAAUCCAGCGGAUCGUUUCAUCAGGAAGCCAGAAAGAGUUUGGCGUCGAGCGAAAUUAGCGGGCCGACCACGGCCAGCCGGGUAAUCAACAUUUCCGUUGUGAAGAGCGAAAGCCUGAACUACGUUUCGCAGAACAACGAGACGAACGCCGGUCAUUUGACCAACAAAGAGAACACGGAAGACAUCAAAAUGGAUAGGCAAAACUUUACCAAGAAAUCGAGUGAAGAGAACUUUCGGACGUUCCCAAGUUUGACGGAGCUCAACAUCAACUUCAAGUCCAUAACGGGCCAGAAGAUUCUUCAGGGCUUGAAUUCCAACAGCACCGACACUUUGGUGGAAUUGUCGAUGCGUGACUGUCCGGAUGUCGGCAAAUCGGAUUUAAGCUACGUCUAGAUAAGGAGAUGAGAGAAGUGUGUGUUCAGGCUUGCAUUCAGCCAAUCAGCUCCAUCACCUUCGCAUACAAACAAAUCGGUUUAUUCAUUAUUAUUCAAUCUUUUAUACAUCGUGUGAAUCCACAUCAACUAUGUGCUGUCUCAUAUAAUGCCUUUAAUCAAGUUUUGUAUAAUCGUAGGACGAUAACGCUCUACAUAGAUUUUUAGAGACCUUUUCGAAGGUCUAAACAUAUUUACUGGUGUAAUGAUUUUCCAGCUUGGAUUUAACAAAUACAGUUAUAAUCCGCUUGUA